GUCUUUGAAUUCGAAAAAGAAAAAGCGCAAAAUUCAUCUUUAGUUAAGAAAAUUUUCAAAUUUUUUCAAAUUUCCUAUAUUGCAACUUCUAUAUUUGUGCCAAAAAAUGUUUCCAUCCAAAUUAUUUAGCAACGGCUCAUUGCCGAGUUUGCAGAGUUCGCUUUUGUCUAUGAAUUCCGUAUAUUCAAUGAACAACUUUGGUCCCACCAACCAAAUGGAACUCUAUCCCCGUCGGCGCCCAACCGAAUUCUACUACGAUCCCCAGCCGUUGGAGGAGUAUCAGAGUCGCGCCUGCGAGCAUCCACAAGACAAGCUGCAGUACCAGCCGCGCACCUCGAAAUACAACUUGGAUGCCAUCGAAGAAGAAGCGCCCAAGUUGCGCAUCAAUCCACCGAAGAACUCGGAUAUGCGCAUGUUUCGCAACAGUUAUUUCUCUUGAGUGCAGCACGCAGUAUAGGCUGAGGAGAUGCAAGCAAGGAAGGAACGAGUGCGCGGCGUAGUGGGGUGUAUGUGGAGCUUGUAAAUUAUGAUUUUUGCAAAAUAAAACAAAUAAAUUGAAAACUAACAAGACUUUUGAAAAAUA